AGAAAACCCCCUUUUUGGUGUUUCUGGAUCUCCCGGCGAGAUCUUGCGCUGUAGCAUCGCGUCGAAAGCGCUCUCCCUUUGCCCCCUUCUCUCCUCUUCGACCCUGAGAUGGAGGCGCUGUGCCGAAGCAAGAGUAAUGGACCUGCUGAUCUUCAUUCCAUGGCCGAAUUACUCGUGGCGGAGACCGUUUUGGCUGUGGAAAGGUCGCUCCUUUGGCUUUUCUUGGCGGUGGGCUCUUCAUCAAGUCAAAUUGGUCCAGUGAAUGAUGAGUCUGAAGUAAUUUACCAGACACUUCAAAGAAGUAAACCUGAAGCCAUGCUCGAGAAUAAGGACGAUGGCGAGUCAGAUGAGGACGAGGAUGAGGAUGACAAUGGCGAUGAUGGAGCUGGCCAAGAAGACGGAGGCGAAGAUGAUCUCUCGGGAGAGGAGGGGAAUGAUAACCAAGGAGACGAUAACGACGACGAUGACCCUGAGGUCAAUGGUGAAGGGGGAAGUGAAGAUGAAGAAGAUGACGACGACGAUGAUGAAGAGGAAGAGGAGGAUGAGGAAGAGGACGAAGACGAGGAGGAUGAGGAGGAAGAGGAGGAACUCCCGCAGCCACCUACCAAGAAGAGAAAGUGAGGCAGCGGAUGUUACAUCGGGUCAUCGUAGUUUGUUUCAUUUUGGCUAGUGUUGGUUAGACACUAGGGCUUUGUACUUGGGGAGUAGCUUCUUCAUAGGAUUAGGGUAAAGGAGGGAUGACUUCCUGUGAAUGAACUUUGCUCAGUGUGUUUUAAUCUUAAACAUAAUACUGCUAGCUGACAUUGGAUAUAUUGGAGGCUCAUUUCAUUUUCAGUA